UCUCUUAAAAAAUAACCCAGAGAAAGUAAUGGAUGACAUCUACAUUUUGGGCAAAAAGUAACUUUUGUUACUAUGUUGUAAGACAAUUGUCCAUACUUGAAAACAAUGCCAUAUUUAAGAGGAAUGUAUUGUAAUUUUUUUCUUCAUCCUGCUCUGUGUCCCCUGCUUGGAGCAUAGUUGACCUUCUCCAAGAUUACUGGGUGUGAACACCUUUCAUCCUAACCAAAUAUUUCACAUUUGUUUAUACCUUGGGUUACAAACUGGAAGGCACUAAGGCCUCCCUUCUUUACAUGCACUUGUCCAUACCUUGGGCCUGGUAUCCCAGAGGGUCAUAUUGCACGUGUACUUUGCAGCCAGGCUCCUUUGGUCGGCACCAAGUAGUUUUCCUUGGUAAAGCAGUACAGCCAGAGGCUGGAGACUGUCCACUGGAAUUUGGGAGUCACACAGUGCAGGGAAACAUGCACUAUGCACAUGCUGUCUCUGCAGAGUAAGAGAGCUUAAGACUAGAACAGACCCCUUGGACUGUCUUGGUCUGGUAUCCUGAGUUAGGACUAUCCAGGUCAAUUCCUGGUGAAGUUUUAGCAGUUGUGGUCAAGCCUCUCUCUCUCUCUCUAAGGAAAAAACUCGAAACCAAACCCAACCGAUACUGUUUUUUAUAAAUCCAGUAAUGGUGAAUCUACCGUACAUCUUGGUAAGCUGUUUCAACAGUUGAUUUUAUUCACUACAAAAGCACACCUCAUUCAUGAAUUUGUUUCCCACCACCUUCUGUCAUGAGAUCUUAUCUCUUUGUCUGUUAAGCGGAAGAUCCAGAUUUUUCUUCCUGUUUCAGUGCUCAUAAGGUAUGAUCACCUCACACCUUAACCUUCUCUUUAGAAAGCCAAAAUAGAUUGAGCUCUUUGGGUCUUACAAAACAUGUUUGACAGUCCUGUAAUAAUUCUUUACUACUCUUCUUUGAAACCCCUCUAGUUUUUAAAUAUCCUUCUUGAAGUGUUGUCUGGACAAAUUAUUUCCAAAACAGUCACAACAGAGUCAAAACCAGAGGUGAAAGAACUCUGAGCUCUUUUUUUUCCCAGGACAGCACUAGCCCUUUGGUCACAGCACAGCAGAAGGAGCUCACGUUCAGCUGAUUAUUCAUCUUAAUGAAGUCUUUACGGAAUUGCAGCUUUGCAGGAUAGAGUUACAUCCUUUCAGUGUGACCUACAUUCUUUGUUCCUGGAUGUGAGACUUUACAUUUGGCUUGAUUGAAAUACAUAUGAUGUGAUUAUGCUAAGAAGGAUUUCAGAUUUUUUUCAGAUUGUUAGUAAAUAUAUUAAAUAGUGUGGGGGUGCACAAGCAGUCUCUGUGGGAUCCUACUAGAAAAAGACCAACUUGAUAAUAAGUAUGUCUUUACAAUAACAAUUUCAGGCAGAGAAGUCACUCAGCUUUUAAUAAUUUUAAUGUUUCAGAAAAUACUGUUGUCUGUUACAAAAAUAACCAAGUUUCAUAUCAUCAGAAAGAUAUGAAAUUGACAUAAAAUUGACAUUCACACAAAGUUUCCAUAAUCUUAAGCAAAAUUUGUUGUAUUACAUCCCUUUCAGCUGGCUACUUAAAUCCUGUACUAGACGUGCUGUUAUUUCACCUGACCUCAGACUCAUGUUGAGAAAUUUUUAAUUACUUCAGACAUCACUCCUUAAAAAUGCUGAUAAAAAAUCUGCUGCCUUCUGAAACUUCUUUGACUUCCAGGGUAUAUUAAAACUCAGUGUAAAUGGAUCAGUGAGCUCCUUAUCCAGCAGUUUUGAACCUCUAAAAUACGAGGCUUCUAGACCUGUUGAUUUACUCAUAGGAGUAUUUGGGAGCUUCAGAUUAGACAGACAAGAUGACUUUCUGGAAUAGGAUGCAAGUACUGUCAAGUGUCCUGUAUACUAUGGUAACCUCAUUAUAUGCUAAAAUUUAUUAUCCUACUCCACCCUGCAAAAUGAGAUGUUGAUUGUGAUGGCUAAGUGAUACCUGUUCAAAGCAUUCUAGGCAGAUGAUGAACUUCUUAUAAUUUAUCUAUUUUUUUUAUUCUGAGGGAGAAAUUUCCCCAGCAUUUCAGGCUUCUGUGGAGUGGAAAGUACUGUAAGAAAGAAUAACACAAUGCUAGACUCGUAUUUUCCUGCUCCACUGUCUGUGGAGAGCUACUUUGCCAUUUUGGACCAGAAUCCUGCGUUGUCAGUACUCCAGGCUCCUGUGGAUGGCAACAAUGACUCAAUUAUUAUGAACUGUUCUUUCGAGGUGGUGUGCUUGUGUAUGGGUACACACACGCGUGAACUGUGAGCACUCUUCAGACCUCACCCACUCUGUGGAGCUCUGGAGGGGAAUGGACUGCAAGGAAGGGUGCUGGUAAAAGCCAGCCCUAAAUCCAGUGUAGAAAGGCCUGCUCUUAUGUGGGGAAAACCCUUUCUUUUAUGUGUCACAGGAAUUUGGGAGUGUUGAAAACUGCUGUGCAGCACCAGAUGACCCCUGCUGUCACUUCAUGGGUGACAGGUGCUCCUGACCCUGGUCAAGGAUAAUUAAUGAGCAUUAAAUCACCUUGCUGUUCACCUUCCUUUGCAGGAGUGCAGUACCUAGCUGGUGUUGCUGCAGGUGGUGAGGCAGACGUUCUGGUUACCUGGGAUCACUAUCCCCACCAUUAAUUGUUCACGUUAUUAAUGAAUACUCGGAUCAGAGCUGCUGGCAUUCCAGUGAAGGAAAGGGUGAAGAUAUCUCAGAACUGGAGGCAUGGACGCUGCCGGAGGGAGACAGUCCUGAAAUGGAAAUGCAAUUUGAUGCCCUGGAUGGAGCUGGAUGGUGAAUAUCUCUACCUGUCUCAAGCGGAGAACAUCCAGGCCUACCAGCUCUGUGCAGAGGGGACAGGUUUGCAGCGUCACCCUCAAGCCAUCUUCUCUGGCCACCAGGAGGACGUGUGUCGCUUUGUUCUUGUCAACUCCCACAUUGUCAGUGGAGGGGGAGAUGGAAGUAUUGUGCUUCACAAGCUCCAUGGCUCCUACAGCGUCAAGUUCUCUGCGCAUGAACAGGAGGUGAACUGUGUGGACUUCCAAGGUGGCCUCAUUGUCAGCGGCUCCCGGGACCGAACAGCGAAGGUUUGGUCCCUGUCCGCGGGCAGAGUUGGUCAGUGUCUACAUACAGUGCAGACAGAGGAUCGAGUGUGGUCCAUUGCUAUCAGCCCAUUAUUAAGCUCAUUUGUGACAGGGACAGCCUGCUGUGGACACAUCUCACCUCUGAGAAUAUGGGACCUUGAGAGUGGUCAGCUGUUGACCUGUUUAGGGACCGACUUCCACCGUGGAGCUGGAGUCCUGGAUGUGUUCUAUGAAACGCCCUCCCUUCUCCUUUCUUGUGGAUAUGACACCUACAUCCGCUACUGGGACAUACGGACCAGCACCAGGAAGUGCGUCCAGGAGUGGGAGGAGCCCCAUGACAGUGCCCUGUACUGCAUAAGGAGUGAUAAGAACCAUAUGAUUGCCAGUGGCUCUUCCUACUACGGCGUGGUGCGCCUCUGGGAUAAGCGGCAGACUCGGUGCCUGCAGAGCUUUCACCUGUCUUCACCCACCAGCAGCCCAGUGUACUGCCUCCGUUUCAGUACCACCCACCUGUACGCUGCCCUGGCGUCAGCCCUGCAUGUCCUGGACUUCACGGCCUCGUGAAGGGCACCACAGCUGCUUCUGGUGACCCCAACUCAGCAGAGCUGACACUUGGCUCAGGGAAUUGCAGGGCAGGAGAGGUGAGAAAGGCCCACACGGCUUCUGAAGGGUCUAAUUGCCUGCCAGAAAGCUACAAUGAAGAGUGCACAAAGGGCCAAACUUUCUCAGCCUUACCUGCCUGUUAGUGAAAAUAAUAGGCCCAUUAUUGUCCUUUACCCUUUUUAUUUUGUGCAAGCCAGGAAUUGUUUUAUUAACUGUUACUUUUUUUUCUUUUUCUUUUUCCUUCCUUUUUUUCCUGUGGAUACAUCAUUUGAGGGGCAAGUUGAGUCAGGAUGCCCCAUCAGCUAUGUGCUGGUCAGUUUGAGAUCAGCCAAGCUCUAAGCAUGUGAAGCAAGACUAGGCUGUGUGUGAGGUGGACUGAUUUGGUGGAAGGAAAAGGUGCCUGGAGCGAGGCCCACCUUUCUCCUUAACUUGCUGUUCUGACAGCUGCUUGUGUUGUCCUUCACAGCCAAGAGCAGCAAUUGAGCUAAAAGGCAGAGCCAGCCCUGCUUUCAGUGUGCCUCCCCAAGUUGGCCGUCAGGUCAGGCUAUGCACUUGGCAGGGCUGAAAUGGUCGUGUUUUGCUAAAUAAAACCGAAAGGAAACAAAA